AUGGAAUCGCAAGAGCUUCAUCAUCACUUUGUUUUGAUACCCUUAAUGGUCCCAAGCCAUCUUCUUCCCAUGGUGGACAUAGCCAAGCUGUUGGCUCGCCGGAAAAAUGUGACGGUGACUUUACUCACCACACCCAUCAACGCCGAUCGAAUCAGAGCCACCAUUGACACAGAGAUUCUGCAAUCUGGUUCAUCCCUCCAAAUUCAACUUUUUCAGUUCCCAAAUUCUGAGUCUGGUGUGCCUGAGGGAUGUGAGAGCUUUGAUGCCCUACCUUCAACAGAUCUUCUGCAAAACUUUUUCAAGGCUUUAUCUUUAUUACAGGACCCACUUGAAGAAGCCUUUGAAAAGCUUAGACCGAUUCCCACCUGCAUUAUAUCUGACAAAAGCAUUCCAUCCGCAGCAGAUAUUGCAAAAAAGUUCCAAGUUCCCAGAUUAAUAUUCGAUGGAACUAGCUGUUUCAAUCUGUUAAGCACUCACUGUCUCCGUAGUUCUAAGGUCUAUGAGAAUGUCUCAGAUUCUGAGUCAUUCAUCGUCCCUGGAUUACCCAAUAAAAUUUCAUUUAGAAAAUCCCAGCUUCCUUCGUCCCUCAUUAGUAGCAGCACGCGUCAGCUGGGAAUCUCUGGAUUCUAUGAGAAAGUAAGGGAAGCAGAAGAAGAAGCAUAUGGGGUGAUAGUGAAUAGCUUUGAAGAGCUGGAAGAAGAAUACGUGAAGGAGUAUAAAAGAGUCACGGGGAGAAAAGUUUGGUGUAUUGGUCCAGUCUCACUGUCGACCAAGGACGACAUAGAUGAGGCUCAGAGAAGGACAACAGACUCAAACGAAGAAGAAGAAGAAGGACAAUACUUGAAGUGGCUUGAUUCAUGGCCUGCAAGAUCUGUCAUCUAUGUCUGUCUUGGAAGCUUAUCCAGAGUAGCCCCAGAACAACUGAUGGAACUAGGUUUGGGGCUGGAAGCUUCAAAGAGGCCAUUCAUCUUGGUGCUGAGAGGAGCAUACAAGAGAGAUGAAAUGGAGAAGCUGCUAAAAGAAGAUGGAUUAGAAGAGAGAGUGAAAGAAAGAGGACUCAUAAUAAGAGGUUGGGUGCCUCAAGUUCUGAUACUGUCCCACACGGCUAUAGGAUCUUUCUUAACACACUGCGGAUGGAACUCAACACUUGAAGGGAUCAGUAAUGGAGUGCCAUUAAUAACAUUCCCUAUGUUUUCUGAACAAUUUUAUAACGAGAAGGUUAUUGUGGAGGUGUUGCAGACAGGUGUGAAGGUGGGAGCUGAGAAGCAUAUGCAUAUUUGGGGGGAGGACAAGGAUGGAGAAGUUCAGGUGAAGAAGGAAAAAGUGAAGGAGGCGAUAGAGAAAGUAAUGAGUGAAGAUGAUGAAGAAAGUAAGAGGAUAAGAGAAAGAGCAAAGGAAUAUGCAGAGAAGGCAAACAAGACAAUGCAGAAAGAAGGAUCUUCUACCCUGAACAUUUCGUUGCUUAUUGAAGACUUAGCUCAUUUCAUGAGGAUGAAGAUGAACCCAGGAGUUAAGCCUCAUACAAAUGCAUAA